AUUGUGUUUUGAGUACUUUUGAGGUUAUCCUGUAAAGUUUCUAAAUUCCGUACAAUAUCAAUUUAUUAACCAGGAUAAUAAAACAUUUUGAUAGUUAAUAAGCAUUCUUACAUAACUAACUUUUAUUCAAACACGUUCAUCAUGUUUUUAGGACGUAGGGUACCCCAAAUAUUGCAACAAGCAACUGGAAUUCAACAAACUUUAUUAAGAUAUAAUUCACAAAAAUCUGAGAAAACAAUCAACCAAGUCACACUACUGGGGAGAGUUGGGGCUGAUCCACAGAAACGAGGUUCAGAGGAACAUCCAGUGAUAAACUUUCCAUUAGCCACUCAUUACAGUUACAAGUAUGAAUCCGGCGACAUGUUGCAAAGAACUGACUGGCAUAGAAUAAGUAUUUUUAAACCGGGCUUAAGAGACACAGUGUAUAAAUACUUAAAGAAGGGCCAAAGAGUUUAUAUAACUGGUAAAUUAUCAUAUGGAGAAGUCAAAAUGGAUGAUGGUCAACUUGGAGUUGUCAUGCUCACUCAAAGGUCUCAUUGGCGGUGGCGCGUGCAGUGGAUCGCUCGAUUCCCUACAAUAUGGUUGAGUUGGGCGGUGCUGGUGUACGUGUCAUGUUCGUGA